AUGUCUGUUCUUGAUCUGAACUCAGACUUGUCCAUCAGAAAUCAAUGGGCUCGUCAGCACAUCAACAGAGCCAUUCGACAGGAUUGGAACGCUCUUCUUGAUAACAGCGAUGAUUCCUCCGAGUUAGGUUCCCUUCCUCGUAUCCCCAAGACCUCUAAGCUCCCUCGUGCCCCUGCCCCUCAGAUAUCCGCUCCUCACGAUCAUGAAGCUCAAAAGCCUCGGGUCAUCAGGAUCGGUGUCAUCGGUGCUGGAGCAGCUGGCUUGUUCACAGGUUUGGUCUUGGACUAUCUCAAUAGCGAACUGAAGAAGGGCUCAAUCCCUCUCUCUUUCGACUAUGAGAUCCACGAGGCGGCAGGACCAGAUCGAGUCGGAGGUCGCUUAUUCACUUACAAUUUUGGUGGCCAACGUGAUACUCAUGACUAUUAUGAUGUUGGCGCGAUGCGAUUCCCCGACAACCCUGUCAUGAAGCGCACAUUCGAGCUCUUUGGCAGGCUCGGUAUGGAAAAGACGGACCUAAAGACGAACCCCAACGCAAAGGAUGGUUCUCUUAUUCCAUACUACAUGUCACCUAACGCACCCAACACUAACCCCUGGUGCUACAACGACAUCAACGUUUGGGGCGCUUCUUAUCAGAGUGUUCAGACAGCUGCUGGCAGUGUUGACCCGUUUCAAGUUAAUACCGAUGGAAGUAUCGACCCUAGACUUCUCAAAGUUGGACCAGAUGAGGUUGUAAAGGCCAACAUCGAGCCACUUCGUCAGGCGCUGAAAGAAGAUGCCGAGAAGACUCCUCCUGGUGACAAAGGCUGGAAGAUGCUAAUGGAAUACGAUACAUACAGCACUCGACAAUUCUUGGGCACUGCGAACCCGAAAGUAAAACUACCCAAGGAUAUCCCUCCACCUCCAUACAACUAUGAGACCAUUGAGUGGCUUGAGACCUUUAACGGAGGGACGGACUGGUAUGACCAAGCUCACAGUGAGACUGUCCUUGAGUCCCUUGACUUCGAGUUCAGCCCUGAGACCAAGUGGUUCUGCGUGCUCGGCGGCGCCCAACAGCUCGCAAAGAAGAUGGAAGAGAGAAUUGCUAGCAAACCCAGUUAUCACAACCCAGUCGCUGCUAUUCGCACCGUUGGUAAGAUGGACGUGAGGCUCGAUAUUGUGAAUGGUAAACGAUCUGAGUUUCGCCAUUACGACGCCGUCGUGGCCACUACUACCCUCGGAUGUCUUGGUCGCAUGGACACUCGUCAAGCUGGCCUGAGAUAUCCUGUCAAGCAAGCCAUUCGCUCUUUAGGCUAUGGUCAGUCCUGCAAAGUGGCGAUCAAGUUUAGCCAUGCAUGGUGGAUCCACGAUCUCAAGGACUUCAACGUUCGUGAGGCAGGUCUAGGCCACUCCGACCUCGCCCUACGAACUUGCGUCUACCCCUCUUACAAUAUCUAUGAUGCAAAGACCAAGACAGCGGUUCUUCUGUGUUCUUACACUUGGCAGCAGGACUCCGAUCGUCUUGGAUGUCUCAUGUCGACAAACAAAGACCACGAGGAGAAGGUCGCCGAGGAGCAAGCCCUCAAAGAAUUGCUUCUCCGAGAUCUGGCUAUCUUGCAUACAAACAAGCAGACCAGUGAAAAGGAUCUAUACAAUCUCAUCAAAAAGAGCUAUGUUGAUCAUCAUGCCUACAGCUGGACUGAAGACCCCAACACUGCUGGAGCUUUCGCGUUCUUCAGACCCCAGCAAUUCAGCUCCAUGUGGAACAGAGUAAUCCAGCCAUCGGGUGAUGUCAUCAUUGCCGGUGAAGCCUCAAGCCCUCACCAUGCUUGGGUCGUUGGUGCCCUUGAGAGUGUCGUCCAUGGACUUCACUCCUGGAUGGGUACCAAUAUGACUCUGGUUCCCGAGCUGAAGCAUGCCAGAGACAUUCUGGGGAAGGAUGAACGUGGAAAUCCCUUCGUCGACCUCCCUCCUUAUAUGGAUGUUAAUAUUUCCAAUUGGCACGCUGUCAUGGGUGUCGUCAAUCGAGACAAGCAUCUAGAGACGAUAGAAGGGGCUGAUAACAGUAACUUGCUGUCUACUGUGCUUUCGCACUUCGAUGUCGAGGUUCUGAAGAAGGACCUUCCUGCUCGAUAA